AUGAAGCUCGGAAGCAUCAUUGCAGUUCUGCUAAUGCUGGUACUCGUCUCCGGUGAGAUUUCGACUAAAUCUUCACAGGCUCCGGCACCAGAACUACCCCUCGAAGCUGCAGAUUCGCCUCCAGUCCCCGCGCCUAUGCCGGAAGUUGGAUCUCCACUAGCAGAGUAUCCUAAUGAAUACUCUUCUCCUCCGGAAGUUGGAUCAUCUCCUUUAGCGAAGUAUCCGAACAAAUACUAUUAUCCUCCAUCAGAUUCAACUCCAUCUCCGGAAACUAGCGAUUCAAACUACAGGGACAUUACUGGAGUUGAAAAGAAAAAAACACUGGGACGCAAAGGAAAUUGGGCUUAUUAG